UGUACAGCGAACUGUUCUCAUGCGAUUGCUCAGGCCUUGUGUGUGGUGCUGGACUGAUCGCCCAUGUCAACUGAUUCAGGCACUGAAGAGAGACAGGCAGUGUCAACAGAUCCUCAAGCACCUGCUAGUCCUCUAUCUAGUCACUUUCCUUCUUAUUCUGCCAGUGCUUUGUUUCAAGCUACGCUUUUCUGUUUAUCACAUAAGACCUCGACCAGAGGAGGCUGAGAAGAACUACAUGAAAGCAGAAAACAAUGAGCGUGUAAAGCAGGCCGUAAAAACCAUAGAGGCCCACCGUGCCUCUCUCACUCAUGCCCCAGAGGACAGUUCAGCUGUUGAUGUGGCCAUAACUAUCAUCACAUUGUCACGCAACAGGCACAAGUUUGGCAGUUUUGAACCCAAGUAUUUAAGCCAAGCUGUCAGCAGCUAUCUCCAGUUACUUCACACACCAGAGGCGCAGGAGAAACACUACAAGCUGUAUAUUUGUGGUGUUGACACAGAGCCACACACAUAUUAUGAGUACAAGAAUUUGACCAGAUUUUUACCAUCAUUCCAAAGGUUUGCUGAUCAUGGAAAGCGAGUGAGUGUGCCUGAUGUGUUUACCAAAGAGAAGGAUGAUUAUGUGUACUGCCUCAACCAGACGCUGCAGACGGGUGCCAAAAAUGUCCUCCUGGUGGAAGACGAUGCUUUACCUUUGGCGGAUCUUUUUCUUGUCCUAAAUCAUGUGAUGGAUACUCAUCUACAUACACUUCACAGAGAGGUAAAUCAGGGAGACCAACAAGCCCCAGCAUUCAUCAAAUUGUACCACCCUGAUAGGCUACUAGGUUACUGGAGCCCAGAGGUAGAUCGAAUCCCUCAGCUACUGGCUUUUGGUUGUUUAUGGGGAUCUCUUUUGUGUGUUUUAUACGGCAGGAAAUAUUCUAGUAGUUCCAGUUGUCUUUGGGCCAUGUUUUGUCUGUACUUCAUGCUAGUUGCCAUGGCAAUAGGUCGUCAAAAUCUGCUAGAGUGGCGUCGUCUGUCUAAACACUUCUAUCUGUACACACGGACAGCGUCUUGCUGCACCCCGGCUAUCCUCUAUCCUAAAGUUGGGGCAGAGAAAGUUGUAAGAUUUUUGGCAGGUAAGACAAGUCAUCGAGAUUUUCCAAAGGAUAUGGCUUUAGAUGAGUUCCGCGGGAAAACUGGUUCUUCGGCUUACAUGAUUCAGCCUAACCUAUUUAGACAUAUUGGUCUUAUUUCAAGUUUGAGAAGUACUGUUCUUAAUCCAUUUGCUGUUUGAUUCGUUUUAACCAAAUUUUAAUAGUGAUUUAAUUGGUUCUGUUUAGCAGUACAGUUUUUUAAUUUUUUUUUUGUGUUGAUAAGUAAAAAAGCAAUACUGUAGUUGAAGUAAAAAAUGUCAUUCAGGUAAAUUAAGUAAAUAAAUUUACUUAUGGUAGCCUUCACUUUACCAAGGCUUUCUAUUUAGCCAAUUUUAAAUGUGUAUUUUCUUGUUCUGUGUACUGAUAUAUUCAAGUAUAUAGAUGUACAUAUAUGAUCUAUUUGACCAUUGUCCUUGGCGGUGGUGCCCCUUGGCGAGCCUACUUUCUUUGAUGAACCUGAGGUCAUUGUUGAAAUCCAGAUACCAUUGGGUCAGCGACUGUGUACAUCAGGAAGUCGGGCACGUACAUUUAUGUACAUGGUGAACUCAUCCAGUUAUCUCCCCUUUUUUAAUACCUGAGGAGUGUCUGGUAGCUAAUUUUGUGGUGGAUUCCGCAGAUUGUUCAUAGUCGUUUAAGGCUAAUUGUUGGGAAUAUUUCCCCUCCCUCUCCCCCCUCCCACACUUGCUUCACUGUAAUUUUUAGGGAACGUUUUGUUUCUCUUUAUUAUAUGUGCCAUAGUACCCAUUGUGUACAGAUACUUGUUUUUUUAUUUUUUUUAAGUUUAUGUUUUGACUGGUGUUCUGAUAAAAAAGAUUUCAUCACAGCUAAUUUUAUUGUAAGCAUAGUUUGUAAUAGUUUUAUUGACAAUAAAACAUGUUUACGAAACCAGGGCACACAAUUUUGGUGAGUUGUUAACAGUGUUUAGUAAGUUAUCAGUCUUAUUCACUUUUUAGAAUUUUAUUAUAUAUUUUAUAACAUGCUAUGCCAUUUUUGUCCAUUUUAAUCACAUUAUACAUGUAUAACUUACAGUAAUGAAUUUGACUGAUAGUUUUAACUUAAUUUACCAUGCCAUUGCAUUUCUGUAUACUAUUGUGAAUAGUUGAGUAGUGAUUAUGAUCUAUUUAUGUUUCACUGA